AUGUCCAAACGACCUGGCGAGAAACUCGUCACAUACAAAAGCAAGAAAAGACGGCCGUUGUAUAUCCAUAACUCGUUGACGAGGGAGCUGAAGGAGCCUAAGGAGACCAAGAAACCAGCUGGAGACGACGAAGAGGAUGGACUUAUAGACAUAUCGUUGGCCCAGCCACGAGCCACACAGAGCCUGGAUAAACCUAACUUUGACGAUAUCGAUAAGCUUAUCAGCUCGGAAAGGGCGUCUGCUGCGUCUUCUGGACCGUCCAGUCCAGCCAAAACCACCUAUUCGUCCCUUCCCACGAGUAUUCUUGAGGGAAACCUCGAUGCUGAAAAACCCGUGUUGGAUAAGUAUAAAGACGUGGAUUUCCCGCUACCGAGGUCCCAGAAGAAGCUUCUGAAGCGGGUCGAGAAGCUCUUGCCGGUGAUUCCAAGGAUCUUGGCUGGAAACGAGGAAUUGAGCUUCUACUAUACGUUGGCGCUUCAGCAGAGGAAAGACCUGCCUCAUAAGUUCAUGCUGUCGUCAGAACAGGAGAAUAUUGAGUGGAAACGGUACAUUGGAGGGUUCUACGGGCUCAAGAGGCAGCAUUUCGUGUCUCGGUUGAUUAUGGCCAAGUAUGGAGAUGAGCUACGGAAACUGACCAAUAAGACGAUCGUGUACUGGACGCCAGAGUCGUUUAGCACGUACGUUUUGGCGAACGAGCUUCUUUUGAGGAUGGUGGCGAAGGAUAGGAAGUUGCUGUUUGCCCAGGCGGAGCGGUUCUUGAAGGAUCUGAUUGAUUAUGGGUGUUAUGUGGCUGAUGGAGUGGAGUUUGAGGAUGAUAUCGAGUUGGGCGAUGUCUUGGGCGUGAAGGAGAAGGAGCGGGAUGUGAAGGGGGAGGAGAAGUGA